UUCCACCACAUUAAAACCAGCCGGUCACUCAUUAAUGUUUACAUGCUCCAUAAAAACUUAAUCAAGUGCCUUAUUCGAAGUAACGUUUCAUUAUGCAUGACGUGCCAUUGCACCUACCUCAUUGGUGGAGCUCAUUAAAAUGUUAAAACGAAAAUUUGGAAUAAGACUCUUAAUAAUAUGUGCGUUUAUUUAUUCGAAUAUAGUGAUAUGUGAGACGGCACAUAGGCUUAAAAAUAAAGAUUUUGGGCCUAAAAUUGUUGGCGGGCAUGCAGUGGGGUUGGAAGAAUAUCCAUUUGCAGUACAGUUCUUCAAUUUGGGUUCGUUGUGUGGUGGUGUCAUUUUAAACACUUGGGCCGUGUUGACGUCGGCUCACUGUUUAGAUAAUAACAAAAAUAUUAAGAAAAUGACGGUGCAAGUCGGUUCAAAAUAUAUUUACGACUUUAACGCAAAGAAAUACGAUCUAAGUUCGUAUGAAGUACAUGAAGACUACAAUAAAGUGAUUCCAUUUGAAAACGAUAUAGCAAUGCUUUUCGUUAAGAAGCCGAUCAAGUUCAAUAAAUUGGCAAAGAAAGGGAUUCUCGUCAAUCACAACAAAUGGAUGAAUCCUAAAGAGACGGAAUUCAUUGUAACUGGUUGGGGUUGGCUGAAGUACGAUGGAGCCCUGUCAGAGAUGAGCCUGAUGAUGGCGUCACUAACAUACGUGACAGUCAGCAAGUGCAGCGAGCUCCACAAGAUAGAGCUGUCUAAAGAUAUGUUCUGUCUGUACGGGGAAGGCGACAGGGAUACAUGCAGGGGAGACUCCGGCGGCGGGGUGCUUUGGAAUGGAAGAAUCGUCGGUUUGACGUCACAUGGGGAUGGAUGCGCCAAGAAACUCAAGCCAAGCGUGUACACAAACCUGUGGUAUCAUAGAAAAUGGAUUAAAGAACAAAUGCUACGUUUCAUCGACAAUUUCUGCAGACAAGGAGAAAAUUGAAAUAAUACUCCGUUUUAGAAUUGAUAAAUUGUUUUAUAACGGAGACGCCGAGUCAGAACUCUCUUCGGAGUCUGACGAAAUAUGUCGAAGUAGGCAAUUCUUCUCCAACAACCUUUUAGUGUUCAACGCAAUCCACCUGAGAACAAAUUAGACAGUGAUAAAAACACGCCUAAAAAUAUCUACUGACUCAAAAUUAAACGUUCUUUAAGUAGUUAUUUACGAUGUGGCAUCUGUUAUGCAGAUAAAAAUGUUAGGUAUACAAGUUGUUAGAUAACACGGACUGACUGACGGGAUUUCUUGUUUAAAAAGAAAAACCCAUAAUAUUAAUUGAGAUAGCAUGAUGUAAACAAUUAAAACAUUUGUUUUUCAUCAUGUAGUAAUUAGUAAUCAUGCAGAUUUUUGUGAUUUUAACUUCAUACAGCGCUUCUCAAAGUUUGAACCAAGAGGCAAGGGCAAGGUUUGACAAGAUUUGGGAUAUCGCCUAUGGUUGCUUAGCAAUUAUACUCGCAACAUUUCUUUCCUUUAGAUUAUAAUGGUAGGUACACCGUCAAACAUUUUAUUUAAUGGCACAUAAAAAAAUCUAUUGAUAACUUUUAGUCCCAUACCGCAUUGCUCCAAGAACCGGUAAGUAUGUGCUUAGGAAAACUACAUAAUGCAAUAACAACCACGCAUGGCAUUUACAUUUGUAAGUAGCGCUAUUAGUUACAAUUACUUAUUUUACCUACUGCGCAUCAUCAUCAGCCUAUCGCAGUCCACUGCUGGACAUAGGCCUCUCCAAGUGCACGCCACUGAGAUCGAUUUUCGGCUACUCGCAUCCAGCUCCUGCCAGCCGUCUUGCGCAAGUCAUCACUCCACCGUGCCUGAGGACGUCCUACACUACGCUUGCCGAGGCGUGGUCUCCACUCUAGAACUCGUUUACCCCAACGGUUAUCGGUUCUUCGGCUAAUAUGGCCAGCCCACUGCCACUUCAGCUUGCUGAUUCGGUGGGCUAUGUCGAUGACCUUGGUUCUCUGACGGAUUACCUCAUUUCUGAUGCGAUCCCUCAGAGAAAUGCCAAGCAUAGCCCUUUCCAUAGCCCGCUGAGCGACUUUAAACUUGUGGACCAGCCGUACCGUCAGUGUCCACGUUUCGGCUCCGUAAGUCAUGACAGGUAGGACGCACUGAUUGAAGACUUUCGUCUUUAGGCACUGUGGGAUCGACGAUGUUAGGACUCGACGUAGCUUCCCAAAUGCAGCCCAACCCAACUGAAUUCUCCUAUUCACCUCGUCCUCAAAGUUGUUUCUACCUAACUGCAAUGUCUGCCCGAGGUAUACAUAUUUCCGAACAACUUCGAGAACGGCGCCGUGUAUCGCAAUCCUACUGCGCAGUCCAUUGCUAUUAAGCUGAGGUAUAAUUGCGUGUUAGACAUUUACAGCCAAGUUAAUAAAUGGCUUGUUAACCACCACACCGUUUGGGACUAACUUGCUAAGACAAAUACACGUUAGGCUAUAAACUGACGCUCUUUCCCAUGGGCGUACAUAGGUAGCACAUAUACCUAAAGACUUACAGACAUUUACUUUUGGAAUAUUACAUAAUACUUUUGGAA